AUGUCACAACAUCAAACUCCAUUUGGUUCAAAAACUACUAAGCCUACUCACAAGGAUAGCACUCCUUCCAUGGACAUUCACGAUGAUGAGAUUUUGGAUGUGGUCCCUCUGUCUGUUAUUAUAGGAGAAGCCCUUGAUUUAAACCAUCUCAUGGAUGCAUCAACUUAUGCAUGCCCCAAUCAAGGUAACAACUCUAGUAUCCCUUCUAGCUCAACUAAUGCCACUAGUUCUAAGGAAGAUAUGCACCACACUGAUCGUGUCAUAAGAAACCUAGUCACUAGAAUCCUUACUGAAGGACAUUCUGUGAAGGGAGUCUCUACUCCCCUGUCUAAAAUAUACCCCUCUCUUGAGGUUGAAUAUCAUAGUGAGAAGGAUGACGAUUCCUCUAGAUCUGAGAAGGACAUGGUUGUUGAAGGAAAAUCUGUGGCAUCUACACCUGCCAAUGCUUCCCACUCUAAGAAGCAGGAUGCUGCAAACAAUGUGAUUGACCUAGAGGAUGAUAGGUAUGAUGAUCAAGAGGAUAACUUACUUCAACACUUAAAGCCUAGUGUGGCUAAGCGUAUGAAGACUAGAAAAGGAAGAUAUGUGGUUGAAAUGAUGUCAGCUAAAACUGCUAAGAAGACUGUUGGUGUUGGUCCUUCCAAAUCUUGGAGCAAGGUUGAUAGGACCACUGUGAGGAAGUCCCCUGUGAAAGUUGCUGCUGUGCAUUUGGAUAAUAUCUCUUUCCAUCUUGAAGAUGGAGCUGCCAAAUGGAAAUUUAUGAUUCAAAGAAGGGUGGCUGUAGAGAGGGAGUCAGGAAAGGAUGAUGUUGAAGUCAAAGAGGCCAUGGACCUAAUAAAGAAUGUUGGGUUAAUAAAGACUGUGGCUGGGUUAUCUCAGUGCUAUGCGGGAUUGGUUAAGGAAUUCAUUGUCAACAUUCCUGAAGAUAUUGCUGAUAAGAACAACAAGGAAUUUUGCAAAGUAUUUGUGAGAGGUAAGUGUAUCACAUUCUCUCCCACUGUCAUUAAUAAUUUUUUGGGAAGAAGAGUAGAGGGUGUAGGUGAAUUGGAAGCUAAAGACAAUGAGGUAUGUAGAGAAAUUACAGCAAGGCAGGUGAAAGGAUGGCCUAUUAAAAAGCAUCUUACUGCUGGGAAGCUGACUGUUAAUGAAGCUGCCUAUAGCCUUUCCCUCCAUGAUUUAUGGGAUUAUCCUGAGUCAACACCCUGGAAUUCUGAGUACUAA